UGGAGUGGGCGGGGCGCGGGGAGCUGCUUCCGGGUGAGCCUCCCCGCCCUCACGUGGGUCCCGGGAGACUAGCGCGGGAGACUGCGGUGGCGGGAGCAGCGGCUCGGAGCCCUUAGGGAGGCAGACUGAGCACGCAGCAGACGUCCAGGAGCCCUUGAAUGCAGCCAGCUGACUGCCCCGCGCCUGCACCGGCCCACACCAUGCAGCCUCAGUCUGUUCUGCACAGUGGCUACUUCCACCCACUGCUUCGGACCUGGCAGGCAGCCGCCACCACCCUCAAUGCCUCCAACCUCAUCUACCCCAUCUUUGUCACGGAUGUUCCUGAUGACGUACAGCCAAUCGCCAGCCUCCCAGGAGUGGCCAGGUAUGGUGUGAACCGGCUAGAAGAGAUGCUGAGGCCCCUGGUGGAAGAGGGCCUGCGCUGCGUGCUGGUCUUUGGCGUCCCCAGCAGGGUUCCCAAGGAUGAGCGAGGCUCCGCAGCUGACUCCGAGGAAUCCCCAACUAUCGAGGCAAUCCGUCUGUUGAGGAAGACCUUCCCCAGCCUCCUGGUGGCCUGUGACGUCUGCCUGUGCCCCUACACCUCCCAUGGUCACUGCGGGCUCCUGAGCGAAAAUGGAGCAUUCCGGGCCAAGGAGAGCUGCCAGCGGCUGGCAGAGGUGGCCCUGGCCUAUGCCAAGGCAGGAUGUCAGGUGGUAGCCCCGUCGGACAUGAUGGAUGGACGCGUGGGAGCUAUCAAGGAGGCCCUGAUGGCGCACGGACUUGGCAACAGGGUAUCGGUGAUGAGCUAUAGUGCCAAAUUUGCUUCCUGUUUCUAUGGACCUUUCCGGGACGCCGCUCAGUCAAGCCCAGCCUUUGGAGACCGCCGUUGCUACCAGCUGCCCCCAGGGGCGCGAGGCCUGGCCCUCCGAGCGGUGGACCGGGAUGUGCGGGAAGGAGCCGACAUGCUCAUGGUGAAGCCAGGAAUGCCCUACCUGGACAUCGUACGGGAGGUGAAGGACAAGCACCCUGAGCUCCCUCUUGCCGUAUACCACGUCUCUGGAGAGUUUGCCAUGCUGUGGCACGGAGCCCAGGCCGGGGCAUUUGAUCUCAGGGCUGCUGUCCUGGAGGCCAUAACUGCCUUCCGCAGAGCAGGUGCCGACAUCAUCAUCACCUACUACACACCUCAGCUGCUGCAGUGGCUGAAGGAGGAGUGAUGCAGAGUGCAAAACCCAAGGACUAGAGCUUUAAAAAGUUCCCAGGGCCUCAGAGGAGUGAAAACCAAAGUAAACGCUGCUUUUAGAACUGUG